AAGUUAAUUAUAUAAUGAUACAUCAUAUUAUAAAUUUAUAAUAUCAUAUGAUAUUAUAAUUAUAAUAUUUUCGAUUAGAAGAUGUAUGUGUGGUCUUCUGCAGCAUCCUAUCAAGAAAUUUGUUGCUCAUCAGUCUCCUGAUUACAUUAUUGCUGAUUUUAUGGUUGGCUGUGCAGUUGAUAUCAGCAGAGAAUGUCAAGUCCCACUCUUGUUGUUCUCAGUAUUCUCAUCUGCCACAACUGUAUUCGUUGGACCGCCUGAACAUUGUGAUGACCGUGAACUUAUGCGGCCAUCGCCAGAGAGUCUCACAACACCACCACAGUGGGUAGAUUUUCCCUCUUUGGUAGCCUACCGUCAUUUCGAGGCAAUUGAAAACCACAGUGAUCCUUACGAAGUCUUUUUUCAAAGGCUUGCCAAGCUUUACAGUGCAUGUCGAGCAGAGGCCAUACGCAGCUGCACCGAGUUUGAAGGAAACUAUUUGAUUGCACUGCAGAAAAUGAUGGGAUCAAAGCCGGUUAUUCCAGUAGGUUUGCUUCCACCUCCACAGGAGACUAUAGAAACCCUUGAUGAAUCAUGGGUUAAGAUUUUCCAAUGGCUUGAUGAGAAGAAAUCCAAGACUGUUGUGUUUGUUUGUUUUGGCAGUGAGUGCAAGCUAACCGGAGAUGAAAUCCAUGAGAUAGCAUAUGGGGUAGAGAUAUCCGGGUUGCCAUUUUUGUGGGCACUAAGGAAACCUCAUUGGGUUCCUCCUGAUGAAGAAGAUGUCAAUGUUGCUUUGCCUGAAGGAUUCACUAAAAGGACAGCCAAACAGGGCCUUGUCUACAUGGGAUGAGAACCACAAGUUGAAAUACUCAAACACCCAUCAAUUGAGGGUACUGUGUUUCACUCAGGAUGGGGUUCUGCAACUGAGUCCCUGGAGUUCGGACACUGUCUAGUCCUCCUGCCUUUUAUUUAUGACCAAGCCUUGAAUGCAAGGUUUCUUGUGGAAAAAUGCGUGGCCCUCGAAAUUGGAAGGAGCAGAGCGGAUCGUUUAGCUGACAAAAUAUUGCUGAUUCUCUUCGGAAGGCUAUGUCAUCAGAAGGACAAAAGUUAAGGGACAAAGCCAGAGAAGUUUCUUCAGUCUUUGGUGACCAGAAGCUGCACCAAGACCAUUACAUU